AUGUUGGUUCAAUUAUCUAUCUAUCUAUCUAUCUAUCUAUCUAUCUAUCUAUCUAUCUAUCACAGCCUGUUCAUAUAUAUCUAUCUAUCUAUCUGUCUUAUCUGGGCUCAGAUACGAACCACGAGCUUAUCAGAAUGUUUUACCUCCUACCAUCUUUGCCCGUGUUCCUCUCUACACCUUCCACGAUUACAUACUUUCUUUCCCUCUGAAUUUACGUUCUUCUGUCUUUGCCGAUCGGUAAUUGAAUACCUAUAUUCUCUCUCUCCCCCUCUCGCAGUCUAUCUUUCGUUCGCCUUGCUGUCUUGCUCUCCCUCUGAAACGUUCGCCUUGCUGUCUUGCUCUCCCUCUGAAACGUUCACCUUGCUGUCUUGCUCUCCCUCUGAAACGUUCGCCUUGCUGUCUUGCUCUCCCUCUGAAACGUUCGCCUUGCUCUGGUGCGCUCUCUCUCUCUCUCUCUCUCUGAAACGUUCGCCUUGCUCUGGUGCUCUCUCUCUCUCUCUCUCUCUCUCUCUCUCUCUCUGGAAACGUUCGCCUUGCUCUGGUGCUCUCUCUUUCUCUCUCUCUCUCUCUCUGAAACGUUCGCCUUGCUCUGGUGCUCUCUCUCUCUCUCUCUCUCUCUCUCUCUCUCUCUCUCUCUCUCUCUGA